UGUAUGACAGAGUGUUGCGCGGGAAUCCAUUGUCUAACAGAUUCCGUUUCGUGUCUUCCGCCCAUUGCAGCGGAAUGGCAAUUGCUUCAGAACCGGAAUCAGUUAGACAGCGCUUAGUCGAUAGAUUCAUGUCCACCGGCAAUACAGAAAGUCUGCAUCUUUGGGCGUAUAAUACCCGACCAGUAGGAGCACACUGGUUGCUGCUUGCUAUCAACCCUAUAAGGGAAGUCGUGUAUUAUCUGAAUUCGGUAAAUGGUGAAUGGACCAAUUAUCCGGCUAUGAAGGACAUCGUUGAUUUAUCAAUACAAGUGUUCCGAAGUCAACGGGACGCACAGGUAUCCCGGACUAAAUCUAACAACAUUACUUGGAUCCAAGUGCAGUGUCCGCAACAGCGAAACAGUUACGAUUGCGGAUACUUUGUUUUGAGGUUUAUGAAAGAAAUCCUUCAGGCGAAUCAAUUAGAGAUUCCGCUCACGUACCUUGACGAAUUCCGUGCUGCUGGGUACCCGAGACUUAAGUUGGAAGAAAUAAAAGAGGAUUUGUGUCAAUUUUAUAUUAAGCAAUUUUUCAUGUAGGAUUUGUGUCGAUUUGAACUAUAAUAUUAUUGAUGUUGUAAUGAUGUAUAUAUAUAAUUUUGGAUA